AUGGCUAUUGAAACUACGAAUGCAAAUUCUAGCUCUUCCACAAACCCUAACACGAACACAAACCCUAGUAUUGAUCCUUCAGAUCCUCUUUACCUACAUCCUUCAAAUACUCCUGGGACAGUGUCGGUUUCAGUACCUUUUGCUAGGAUAGGGUAUGGGGAGUGGAAAGAGGAAAGGUAUGGGGUUGCAAACACUUCUCAAUACUUCAGCCUUCAGAGAGCUAUAAAUUCUACUACUCAAGGCUCAUCUGAUGUAGAAACAUAUUUUACUCGACUUAAAGGGCUACGGGAUGAUUUGGGAACCUGUUCUCUUGGGAGGCCUUGUACUUGUGGGGCAAUGCAUGAGUUCUUUCAGGGUCAAAACCUUGUCCAAUUUCUUUCUGGGUUAAAUGAUAUAUACUCUACUGUGAGGAGCAACAUUUUAAUGAUGAACCCUGUAACAAUUGUUGGGCAAGCUUAUGCCAUGUUGAUCAGAGAUGAGAAACAAAGGGAAAUUCAGCAUGAGUCUCCUGGUUCUUCAUCCUUCCAUGUUGGUUCUAGUUCUUCCAGUCCAUUCAAUGGGUUUUCACCUGGUUCAUCUUCUUUCCAUAUUGGUUCUAGCUCCUCCAAUCCAUUCAGUGGCUUAUUACCUGGUUCAUCAUUUCAUGUUGGUUCUAACUCAUCAUCUGCAUCUCCUGAUUUUAAGUUUACAAGAAAUAGAAAAUCUACAGCCUGUGCUCAAAUAGAUUCUCCUGAGCAACCUACUGGUCCUAAUAUGCACUCAGAUGAUAAUCCUCAUGGGUUUUCUAGGGAACAAUAUGCUCACAUAUUGAACCUUUUCCAGCAGAUCCAACCACCUUCCCAUGCUUCAAAUCCCACUUCUGCCAACAAUCCCACCUUUGCAGGUUUGGUUCAUAGUACUAUCUUUAAUGGCCCUUCUCUGAAGAGGCCACUGGAAAUUGGUAAGGUGGAACAUGGACUAUAUAUUCUACAUUUGCCUCAUGUACCAACUUCAGCUUCUGUUCCUUCAAUUACUGUUGCUUCUACCACUGACUGCUUUUCUAUUCCUACUAUUUCUGCUGAUGUAUGUUCUAUAGAUUUUACAACUGAUUCUUCUUCUAUUUUCCAUAUUGAUGAUUCUACACUCAGAACUGAUAAUGCCUUUGAGUUAGGAUCCUCAUCUUCUCAUGCCACUUAUCUUGCUUCUCUUGGCAUUCAACACCAAACUACUUACUCUCACACCCCACAACAAAAUGGGGCGGUAGAUAGAAAAUGCAAGCAUAUUUUAGAAACUGCUAGAGCACUACUCUUCCAAUCCAAACUGCCCAUCAAAUACUGGGGUGAGUGCAUUCUUACUGCUACCUACCUUGUCAACAGAUUUCCUUCUUCCAGUCUCUCAAAUAAAUCUCCAUAUGAAGUACUUCAUGGUGUUUCUCCUACUUAUCACCACCUCAGAUCCUUUGGUUGUUUGGCAUAUGCUACAGUUCCUAUUUUACACAGAGACAAAUUUCAGUCCAGAGUCAUACCCUCCAUAUUCAUUAUUUAUCAAUUUGGGAAAUGGGCUACAAACUACUUAAUUUGCAUUCCAAAUCCAUUUUCUAUUCCAGAGAUGUGUCCUUUGUUGAACACAUGUUUCCUUCAACCUCCUCCCCCUCUACUUUCUUUCCUCUCCCUCUCUUUUCACUGA